UCUAUACUUCCUCGAUUAAAAAAAAAUCAUAAACGUCAGUUGUCAUUUACGUUUACGUCAAUAAAAUGUCAAAAACGUACAACCUCAACCAUCCCGUCCGUGUUUAUUUAUUUAUAUCUAAAUAAACAAUAAUAUUAACAUGAUUAUAAUAUUAAAAUUGUGAGAAAUGUUUAAACAAAUCCACUAUGUCGGCACUACAUUAUUCUUGUGUUUAAUUGUUUAUUUGGCGCGCUUAGUUUUGACUGAAAUAUUUGAAGACGAGAGUUUACAAGUGGAUGAAUGGUUGGAGCAGAAUGACUUAGGGGAAUACAAGAAACUAUAUAGAGAUUAUGGUAUCUCUACACUGUCGGGGUGUGGAACUCCAGACCAUUUGGAGCGACUACCAGAGCUGCCCGCAGCUGAGGAAAAGCGUUUGCGUCGAGCUGCACAUAUCCUUCAGCAGCGGCUGAUCCUUCGCCAGUGGCUUAUAACGCACCGUCUCCAACAUGCUUAUUCCAAACUCCUCAGCCUGGACGUGUCGUCCCUCGAGGACGUGUACUGGCUCGAAGACUCGACUGCCCAGCAUGUGCUGGACCCUAAGGAUUUCGGCGCAUGGUCGGCGGCGCGACAAAGCCUCCCCACAGGGAAGGAGGCUCUGCAGAUCCUGAAAUAUGAUCUCUGGAGUACCGUGGUCAAAACCAGCAAGCACCAGGAUGCGUGGACGUGGGGGGGCAUGCUGGUGGUGUCGGUAUCUGUAUGUGGUCUGGUGACACUGGCGGCCAUGACGCAGCCGUCGCUUGCGCCGGAAGCAAAACACUCGCUUCUGCAGUAUGUCACCGGGAAAUAUUUACAUCCGCCCAGUUGUAAGGUGGAGUGGGGAUGGGAAGAACCAUAUCAGGUUGGAGAAACAAUGUGCUUCACCGUUCUGUGUUUUCAACGCAACGGACAACCAUAUCCCAUCUGUGACACUGAUGAUCUGGCCGUCUCGAUAUCAGUUGGCUCCAGGAAGGUAACAGCAGUGAUGGAGCUGGGGUCCGGAGACCCGGCGCAAGCAAACACAGCGCGUGCGAAGUUCACAGUUCGUAUCGCCGGUGUAUACAUCAUUUCCGUUACUAUCGGCGGCGCGGCGGCGGGCGGCGGUCCGUUCCGCCGCACGUUCGUGGCGGGGCGGGUGUGCGCGCGCACGUCCCGCGUGGCUCGCCCGCCGGCGGCGUUGGUGUUCGCGGCGCAGCACGCACGUGCGCUGCACGUGCAGCCUCGCGACGUGUACGACAACCCCGCGCCGUUGCUCGACGACGACCAACAACAGGGCUUCUCAAUGAAGGUGCAGCCGGUGGGCGGCGAGGAGGACGAGGCGCUGUCGUCGCUGGCGUCGUUCGCGUACGACGCGGUCAACCAGCGCGUGGUGGUGUCGCUCACGUUCCCUCGCGCCGGCAUCUACCGCGCCGCCGUCUUCUACGACAGCGUCAUGCUGCUCAACGGGGAAUUCGACUGCAUCGUGCUCACAGCCAGCGACACGGCGACAGUACAGCAGAACAUAUCGUCUCGGCGACACAACAUCUGCUACGAGGCGCGGCUACUAGGUGGCGCAAAGCCGCGCAGGGUGCUUUGCUGCAUUAGCCCUAAGCAGUUCAUCGUCAAGGACUACAUACUCAAGUUCAUACCCAAGAGGAUCACGUCAUUUAGACUCUGUCCCAGCACUAAGUUAAUCCUGGCGCCCACGCCCGCCGGUGGAGGUCCUGGCGGACAGUUCUCAGUCGACGACGGCGCACAGCCGCCGCUAGCGCUGGCCUCCCCCGACAGGGACCUCAUCGCAGCCACCUACACGCAGCUGCUGGUGGCCAACUGCGGCGGGGAGGACACCUUCAAGAACAAGCAGGAGUUCUUCUACAGCGAGGUGCGGAAGGUGCAUGCUCGUCACCCGCACGACAAGAUACAGUUGCGGGUUGACCGCGCCGAUCUGCUGCGGUCCAGCCUCAAGGCCACCAAGCACUUCUCGCUCGCCGAUUGGUGCAAGAACUUCGACGUCACCUUCCAGGGCGAGCAGGGCGUGGACUGGGGCGGAGUACGGCGGGAGUGGUUCUCGCUGGUUUGCGGUCAGCUGUUCGACUCUCAAUUCGGUCUAUUCGUGUCCUUCCACGACUCGCCCACCGGUCUCGUGCACCCCAAUCCGCACCGGCCGCCGCAUCUCAAGCUGAAGUACUUCGAGCUGGCGGGCAAGCUGGUGGGCAAGUGCCUGUACGAGAGCGCCCUGGGCGGCAGCUACCGGCAGCUGGUGCGCGCGCGACUCACGCGCUCCUUCCUCGCGCAGCUCAUCGGCCUGCGGGUGCACUACAAGUAUUUCGAGCAGGACGACCCGGAGCUGUACCUGACAAAGAUCAAGUACGUGCUGGAGACGGACCUGGACGCGGCGGAUGCGGGCGCCGAGCUCUACUUUGCAGAGGAGGAGUAUGACGAUGCGGGUCGUCUGGUGGCUACGCACCAUCUAGUUCCUGACGGGGCCUCUAUCAGGGUGAGCAACGCGACGAAGCUGUCGUACCUGGACGCGCUGGCGCAGUGGCGGCUGGCGGCGCGCGUGCGGGCGGAGACGGCGGCGUUCGCGCGCGGGCUGGCCGCGCUGGUGCCGCCGCGGCUGCUGGCCGCCUUCUCCGAGACCGAGCUGGAGCUGCUGGCGUGCGGCUCGGGCGAGCUGGGCGUGGCCGACUGGCGGCGCCACGCGCUCGUGGCCGGCGGCGGCCGCGGCUGGGCGCGCCUGCUGGCCUGGUUCUGGGCCGCGCUGGCCGCCUUCACGCCGCCCGAGCGCGCGCGCCUGCUGCAGUUCACCACCGGCUGCAGCCAGCUGCCGCCCGGGGGGUUCCAGGAGUUGAACCCGCGCUUCCAGAUCACGGCGGCCCCGACGUUUGGUGCGUUGCCGACAGCGCACACGUGCUUCAACCAGCUGUGCCUGCCCGACUACGACUCCUACGAGCAGCUCGUACACGCGCUGCUGUGGGCCAUCAACGAGGGCGGCGAGGGGUUUGGCAUGAUUUGAACUGGCACUUCACUCCACUCUCUGCU